AUCAUCAACGGUCUUGUAUCACCAAAACAACCGAAAUCCAAAAUUCAUCUUUAACGGAAUAAUCAUUGCCAAAAAUUUCCCUUCUUCUUUCCCCCUCAAUCAAAUUUAAACUUCAAAUCAUUUCUAUCUUUUCGUCUUUUUGGAUCCACAUUCUUCUCAAUUUCCCAAUUUCAACUUCCAUUACUUGAACAACAAUGGAGGACCACAGUCAAUGGCAUGAUCCACUCCUUCUCACUGACGUUUCUCGACAACAACAAACCCUAAUUUUAUCUCAUGACAUUUCAUCAACUAAUUCAGAUUCUCAAUCAAUAGAGAUGAGAAAUUCAGAAGGAACCUCUGGAUUGCAUCAAAGCUUGGAAAUUGUUAGUCCACAGCUCUUCACCGGUCCAAGCACAGGUGAUACUAGCAAUGGUCGGUCAAUGUUGGGGUUUUCUCUAAUUGCGCCUGAUUUGGUUGUAUGUGGUAGUUCACCUGAUAUUCCGAAACAGAGUUCUGCUGCGGAGAGGGCUGCCUCCAUUGUGCUAUCUCUAGAGGAAGGCAUAAAUGGACUUGAAGCAGAUGCUUCCCGUGGUAGUCCUGACUCUUCAAACUUUUCGUCGUUUUGGCACUCAGCUGAUGAUAUAUACGGGUCUGAGGUGACGGGAGGUUUCAAGAAUUUGCAAGGAGACCAUGAUGAUCAAAAGAAGCAACUACUUGAAGCAAGGAUAGUUAUAGAAGAGCUUAAAAAAGAGAAUGAAUUCAAGAGUAAUGAGUGCCAAAAAGCCUUAAAUUCCCUACAUGAACUCCAAAGCGAGCUCAUGCGCAAGUCAAUGCAUGUUGGUUCAUUAGCGUUUGCGGUUGAGGGACAAGUAAAAGAAAAGAGCAAAUGGCUCUCCUCCUUGAGUGGCUUAAAGAGACAAUUAAAGAUUUUGAAAUUGGAUCAAAUCAAACUAUCAGAGGAGGCCUUGAAGUAUAAGGAUUGCCUUGGAGAUAUGGAUGGUUUAAGAUCUAUAAUGCAAGCUUCAUUAGCUGAACAGGUUUCAUAUCAUGAUGAGCUGAAGAUGAAAGUCAGUGAGGGCGAAAAGAAAAGAAAAGAACUUUAUAACAAAGUUCUGGAGUUGAAAGGUAAUAUACGUGUUUUCUGUCGCUGCAGACCUUUGAACCUGGAGGAAAUAGCCACGGGAGACAAGGCAGCCAUUGAUUUUGAAUCUGCUAGAGAUGGAGAACUCACCAUCAGGUCAAAUGGUUUUCCACGAAAGACAUUCAAGUUUGAUGCUGUAUUUGGUCCGCAAGCUGACCAAGCUGAUGUAUUUGAGGAUACUGCACCAUUUGCAACCUCAGUUUUAGAUGGAUACAAUGUUUGUAUUUUUGCUUACGGGCAGACUGGAACUGGGAAGACAUUUACAAUGGAGGGCACGAAGGAUGAUCGUGGUGUCAAUUACAGGACUCUUUCUGAGUUGUUUCAUAUUAUGAGCGAGAGACAGAAGAUAUUUCGGUAUGAAAUAUGUGUCAGUGUCUUGGAAGUUUAUAAUGAGCAAAUAAGAGACCUGUUAGCCUCUGGAACUCAGCCUACUGUAGCUUCAAAGAGGCUUGAGAUAAGGCAGGCCAGCGAAGGAGUGCUUCAUGUUCCUGGAUUGAUUGAAGCACAUGUAAGCAACAUUAGUGAGGCUUGGGAUGUUCUACAAACUGGAAGUAAUGCGAGGGCAGUUGGCUCUACUAAUGCAAAUGAGCACAGUAGCCGGUCUCAUUGCAUUCACUGUGUGAUGGUAAAGGGGGAGAAUUUGCUGAAUGGGGAAUUUACUAGAAGCAAGUUGUGGUUGGUUGAUCUAGCGGGUAGUGAACGGAUAGCUAAGACUGAAGCCCAAGGAGAACGACUGAAGGAAGCACAAAAUAUUAAUAGAUCUCUUUCAGCUCUUGGGGAUGUCAUAUCUGCUCUGGCAAACAAAAGUGCAUACAUACCAUUUAGGAACUCUAAGCUGACCCACCUACUUCAGGAUUCUCUAGGAGGAGACUCUAAGGCACUUAUGUUUUUACAAAUCAGUCCCAAUGAAAAUGAUUUAAGUGAGACUAUUUGCUCUCUUAACUUUGCUAGCAGGGUAAAGGGAGUAGAGCUAGGUCCAGCAAAGAAGCAAUUGGAUAACACCGAGUUUAUGAGAUACAAGCAAUUGGUUGAGAAGACCAAACAAGAGGCAAAGUUGAAGGAUCUGCAAAUUAAGAAGAUGGAGGAAACUGUUCACAAUUUGGAGUCGAAGGUAAAAGACAAGGACCAGAAAAACAAGAACCUGCAAGAGAAGGUGAAGGAACUUGAGGCACAACUUUUGGUAGAGAGAAAGUUGGCACGGCAACAUGUAGACACAAAAAUAGCUGAGCAGCAGCAACAACAAAUGCGGCAACAAUUAGAAGACCAAAAUAGUGCACCAACAAGGCAUCCAUUGGCAGCUAAAACACUGGGAACUCUGAAUGACCUUACAAGCGAUUUACCACGUAUAAUUUCUGAUCACAACAACCAGAUUUGCCCAUCAUCUUUUCUUUUAUCAUCGGAGAAAGAAAAUUAUCCUGAAACAGCUGAGUUACUUGUUCAACUGCCAAAGAGAACGGGCAGAGCUUCCCUUUGCCCGACAACACAGAGGAUUCCUAUAGCAUCAAAUCCAAGGCGAAACUCUCUGAUUCCACUACCAAUGACGGUCCACCAUGUUCCAAUGUUGCCAUUUCCACCUUUAGAAGACGAGAGGGAUGAGGUAGAGAAUUCAUUAGAGGCAGCUAUAUGCAGUCCUAUAUCUUCAAAGAAGAAGUUAAAUAGUGUAGUGAGGCGAAGUGUUCAGAAAAAGACAAAAUCCCCCUUUCAGCAACAACUUAAGAAAGGAGGAGUGAAUGUAGGAGUUGACAAGGUUAGAGUAUCGAUUGGAAGUCGAGGUAGAAUGGGGCAAAGGGUGUUAUUGGGGAAUGCUAGAAGAGUGGUUACAAGGGAAGCUAAGAAGCAGACUCAAAAGGACAAGGAGAGGGGAUGGAACUUCUGAAUGCUUUAAUCUUUAUUCAUUAAAUUUGUUUGUUGAUGAUGCUUGUCAUCUUAAGUUGAUUUUGUGUAUAUAAAAACAUGGUAUUCAUUUGAGUUCACUCCAAGCUUUUCAUCUCA